ACUGAUUGGUCAUAAUUCACCCAAGUGCAGCAACUGCAGCAAAGUGUAAUGGAAGGUGAAACUCGGAUGACGUAGGAAUCGGAUAUUUCUGGAAUUUCAAUUGAGUACGUUCUCAGUUUUUCAUCGACUGGUACAUUUGCGGCAUUUGACACUCUGCAGAACAUGGCAGAUUCGGAUGAUGAAUAUGAUAGAAAGAGACGUGAUAAAUUCAGAGGUGAAAGAACAGAGUCGUAUUCACGAGAACGCAGAGAUGACCGUAGACGUGACGAUUGGGUUGAUAGUAGAGAAUGGUCAAGUCGACCUAGACAGCGUCCUGAUUAUCGCGAGUAUCGAGGUGGAGGAGGCGGAGGACGCGAUCGUUACAGUCCUGCGAGAUCUCAAGACAUACAACCACCCUUGAAAAGAAUGAGAUUUGAAUGGGACGAAAGACCAAGAUAUGGUGGCCAUGAUUAUUAUGGUGGUGGUGGCGGAGGUAGUGGUGGAGGUACUGGUGGUGGUGGAACUUCUUGGAGUCCGGAUCAUUAUCCCCCUCCUCACCAUGGCAACCAUCACUAUGGCAAUCACAGUAAUAGCAGCAGUCGGGAAGUAGCUGGAAAUUUCAGUAAUUCGAAUGUCGAAACUCAGCCACCUAUGAUGUCAUUCAAAGCCUUCCUUGGCACUCAAGAAGAUACUAUUACUGAUGAAGAGGCUAUUAAACGCUACAAUGAGUACAAAUUGGAAUUCAGAAGACAACAACUCAAUGAAUUCUUUGUCGCUCAUAAGGAUGAAGAAUGGUUCAAGAUAAAAUAUCAUCCUGAGGAAUCAGUGAAAAGAAAGGAUGAACAAGUAUCAGCACUUAAGAAACGCGUGGAUGUUUUUCUGGAGUUGCUGAACUUGGGAGACAUUGAAAAAGUGUCUGUCGAUGCCGAUCAAGCAGAUGCAUUGCUACAUCUUUUAGAUGCAGUGGUUAUUAAAUUAGAAGGAGGAACAGAAGAGGAUUUACAAGUUUUAAACAUCAAACCACCUAAACCUAUAAUAGCUAAAGAUGUCUUGAAAGAAAAAGAAGAUAAUAAGAAUAAAUCUUCUGUAGAAAAGAAAUCCGAGAAUAGUGAUGAAAACAAAGAUGAGCAUAGUGAGAAAAGUUCCAAAAAUGAUGAUAAUGUCAUACCAAAAGUCGAAAGUUCUGAAAAAGAUGAAAAUGCGAUAUCUGAUUCUGAUAAAAUAAAGCAAAACGAUGAUGAAUGUAAAGACGUGGAAGAAACUGCUAAUGAUGAUAAGCCUGAAAAAUCAGAGAAAUCGAGGAAACGUAAACGUACAGAAAGCAAUAGCAGCAGCAGUAGCAGCAGUAGCAGUAGUUCUUCUGGUAGUGACAGUAAUAAACCAGACACACCGAAGACGGAGACUCCUGCCAUUGAAAAAAUGGAGGUUAAUAAUGAAGAAACUGACGAAGGAGAUACUAAGAAAGAGAAUCAAGAAAUUAAAACGAAAGCAGAAGUUACAAAUAAUAAAAAAUCUACAAUUGAGCCAGAAGCAGUAAUUGAUUUAGCCAGUGAAGAUAAGGAUAAAGAACCUAGAGCUCUACAUAAAACAAGCAGCAUUUUCCUUCGUAAUUUAGCACCUACGAUUACCAAAGCGGAAGUUGAAGCGAUGUGCAAGCGAUUUCCUGGAUUCUUACGUGUGGCUAUAGCAGAUCCGCAACCAGAGAGACGAUGGUUCCGUCGUGGUUGGGUUUCGUUUGAAAGACAAGUGAAUAUUAAAGAAAUUUGCUGGAGUCUGAACAACAUCCGACUACGUGAUUGUGAACUUGGUGCUAUAGUAAACAGAGAUUUAUCACGACGAAUUCGAUCAGUGAAUGGUUUAACAUCUCACAAACAGAUAGUCCGACACGAUAUUAAACUCAGUGCAAAAAUUGUUCACAACUUGGAUAAUAGAGUGGGAUUAUGGAAGGAAGAAAAAAAGGACGAAGGUGCAUCGAAACAAGAAGAAGAGAAAGAAAAUAAGACCGCUCCAAGUAAUAAUGAAGUCGAGCAAGCUGCUUUCGGAUUGUCAUCUAAAAAUCCGGUAUUGAAAAAUAUAACAGAUUACUUGAUAGAAGAAGCUUCAGCCGAAGAGGAGGAGUUGCUAGGUAUGUCGGGUGAGCAAGAAGAAGGUCAAUUGGGUGGUGAUGGAGAUAGUUCCAUUGAAAGAGAUCCGAUUCUAAUCAAGGUGUUAGACAGAUUAGUGUUGUACUUACGAAUCGUUCAUUCUGUUGACUACUACAAUCAUUGUGAAUAUCCAAACGAAGAUGAAAUGCCAAACAGAUGUGGAAUAAUGCACGUGAGAGGAUCGCCACCCACCGCCAAAAUUUCCAGCGCUGAAUUAUCGGAGUAUUGUCGUAACUUCGAGAGCAAAAUGUCAGCUUUCUUGCAACCGGUCGCUACUUUAUCCACCGAAGAAUUCGACAAGCUAGGAGCGAAGAAUGCCGAAGCUGAAGUUGAAAAAUUCGUUCAAGCUAACACCCAGGAAUUAUCAAAGGAUAAAUGGUUAUGCCCUCUUAGCGGAAAGAAAUUCAAAGGACCUGAUUUUAUCCGCAAACAUAUCUUCAAUAAACAUUCCGAGAAGGUCGCUGAAGUGAAAGCAGAAGCUGAAUACUUCAACAACUAUUUAAAAGAUCCAAAGAGGCCUCAGCUUCCCGAACAUCCUGGUAACAAGGCUCCAUUGAGAGACGGACCACGCGAGAAUUUUACACCGUAUGGUUGCAGCUCAUUCGGAAAUUACGGUGGCGGAUACGGUGGCAACAGAGGCAAUUACGGUUCUGGUUACGGUGGCGGAUUCGGUGGCGGAUUUGGCAAUCCGCGCUCUAAUCGUGGUGGAUUCAAUCGAGGACGUGGCGGCGGCGGUAGCGACUUUCGACCAGUCAUACAUUAUCGAGACCUCGAUGCACCUCGAGAACCGGACGAAUUCCUGUAAGAUGAUUAAGUAAUGUUUACAAGAAAUACUGAGAUCGAAUACAAAGAUCUAUGGACACUGCUUAAAAGUUCUUGUCUUCUUUUCUGGAAAAGAUUUUAAUAUUUCUUUUAUAAACAAUAUUCAUACAAGUAUACGUUUCGUGCAUAACUCAGAUAGCCAAUUAUCUGUCAGGUUGUUGUUAUAUUGCUAACAAUUCUUGGCAAUAUGAUAAUAAUAUAAAUAAUUACGCUUGGUUAUCUGGAUACAUUAAUAAUUGCUACAAUCGAUUACAAAAAAAUGAGUUGUUUAACUAAAAUGUUAAGCAAAAUGU